GACAGAUAAAAAAAGAAAACCUGGGAAUUGAUUGUGACGCCUUCCUGCUCGUCGCCGACUACCGGAAGCGCCGACGGAUGAGGAUGGGCAGCAGAUUGUGGUUGUUGUUGGAGUCGGCGGGGCUGAUCCUGCUGCUGGGUUGCUGCGUUCUCUCCCCCUCCGCUCAUGCCGAAGUCCAUUACUACGACUUCAUACUAAAAGAGACCAACUUCACAAGGCUGUGCAGCUCCAAGAGCAUGUUGACCGUGAACGAUAGCUUGCCCGGGCCGGCGAUUCGAGUUCGCAAAGGCGACACCGUCUACGUCAACGUCCACAAUCACGGCGACUACGGAGUCACCAUUCACUGGCACGGCGUAAAGCAGCCAAGAAAUCCAUGGUCAGAUGGUCCAGAAUACGUAACACAGUGCCCGAUCGAACCCGGGACGAACUUUACUUAUGAGGUCAUAUUUUCGAAAGAAGAGGGCACGCUUUGGUGGCAUGCGCACAGCGACUGGACCAGAGCCGGAGUUCAUGGGGCCAUUGUCAUAUACCCUAAGGAGGGCACAACUUACCCUUUUGAGGAACCUGAUGGUGAAGAAGUGGUAGUACUGGGGUCUUGGUACACCGGAGAUGUGAACAAGGAAGUUGAGGAGGACCUGAAUGCAGGUUCAGACACUCCUCGCUCGGAUGCAUAUGUUAUCAACGGCCAACCGGGAGACUUUUGCGAAUGUUCUAAAGAUUUCACCUACCGCUGGUCGGUCGAUUAUGGGAAAAGGUACCUCCUUCGUCUGGUCAAUGCGGUGAUGAAUGCAGAGAUGUUCUUUGCCAUCGGACAACAUAAUUUCACCGUCAUCGGGAUGGAUGGGGCCUACAUAAAACCAGUUGUCACGAGUUUUGUGAUGAUUGCCCCAGGGCAAACCAUGGAUAUACUAGUCACUGCGAACCAAUCUCUUGGUCAAUACUACAUGGCAACUAGACAGUACGACAGUGUUAAGCCAGACGUCACGGAUUAUGACAAAGUGAAUGCCACCGCGAUUCUUCAGUAUGCCGGCAACUACACCGAGACAUCAGCUCCUUUCUUUCCCGACACACUGCCGAUCUAUUAUGACUAUAAAUCUGCAAUAAACUUCAUGAGUCACAUCAGGAGCUUAGCAAAUGAAGAAUACCCUGUUGACGUCCCCAGAAAUAUAACUACGUACAUGUACAUCACGGCUUCCAUGGGCGAAGUUGAGUUUGUCAAUGGUUCGAACACGAGAACUGGCCUUGCAUCAAGCUUAAACAAUGUUAGUUGGGUAAACCCAUCGACCGAUGUGCUAAUGGCUUACUACAGGAACAUGAGCGGUUAUUUCACAACAGAUUUUCCAGAUUGGCCGGAAAAGUUUUUCAACUUUACCGCAGACGACGUGGCGGAUGAUUAUGAGGUGGCACUACAAGGAACCAAAGUCAAGAUGCUAAAUUACAAUGAAGAAGUGGAGAUUGUUUUCCAAGGAACCAAUAUUAUGGAUGCAUCGGAGGAUCACCCGAUGCAUUUGCACGGGUAUGCCUUUUAUGUCGUCGGAGCCGGUUAUGGGAACUUUGACAACGAGACGGACCCCGAGGGUUACAAUCUGGUCGAUCCACCGGAAGUGAAUACCGUCUCGCUGCCUAAAAAAGGAUGGGCAGCCAUCAGAUUCCGAGCCAGCAAUCCAGGAGUAUGGCUAUGGCACUGUCAUCUGGAUCGACACUACAGUUGGGGAAUGACCACCGUGUUCAUUGUGAAGAACGGCGGGACGCCUGAGACUAGCAUCAGGGAACCCCCUCCCUACAUGCCCCCCUGUAAAGAUUCUUCACUUCGAUUGCGAAAAUCGGACGCUACUUCAUCUGUCGAAUUGGAUAAAUCAGAUGUAUGAACCAACCA